UUCAUAGGGGUGCUCGAGUACUUCCGCGUUUAGAUCAGAUAUAUACAAGGGCACUGAAUCUGUUACGGGGCAGUUCGCUGUUUUGGGGAAAGACAUGGCGCGGCUGUUGAGAAGCAGUUUAAGGACCUAUUUCACUACUCAGAUCCGCAUGGGCUCGGACCAGCUGGGUGAAUUGGGGAAAGGUGCAGGUAAAGGAGGCGGAGGUGGAGGCUCCAUCCGGGAAGCUGGAGGAGCCUUCGGGAAGAAAGAGGCGGCUGAAGAGGAGCGCUACUUCAGGCAGAAGGAGAAGGAGCAGCUGGCCGCACUGAAACAGCACCACCAGGAGGAGAUCGAGCACCAUAAGAAAGAGAUCGAGCGUCUGCAGCGUGAGAUCGACCGUCACAAGGGCAAAAUCCGCAAACUUAAACACGACGACUGAGCUGGCACCAGUGACGUGUUUGUGCGUCGUUCCUACCCGAAGUGACCUGACGCCUGCUCCGCGAAGCAGCACUUUACACUCUGUAAUCUCUUAGUGCAGUCCUGAAUAAACAUAAUAGGAUAUUU